GGUUAGCGUGCAGCUGAUCCUCAGCUCCUGGCAGCCUCCGGAAAGAGAAACCACUCCUUGCCUUAUCCCGCAGGUGUGCUCAGUGGGCAGCAGUGGCAGGUAAACGGGCUCCCUGGCAUCUCUCGUUCCUGCCUUUCCCACCCAGAGCCCAUGGCGGAGGAGAAGACCUUCCGUUAUGGGUUCAUCAUCUUGGGUUUCUUCCUGGUGAUGACGGGGAUUUUCAUCAUGAGUGUGGAAAAGCCCCACAUCUACAUCACCUUCUGCGUCCUGGGUGUGCUGCUCAUAGCCGUGGGCAUCACCUGGAGCAUGUGCCAGUGCUACCCAAAGAUAACAUUCAUUCCUGUGGACCCUGAGGCUGAGCGGUUCCUGGACCACAAACCUACGGUGCUGCCACAGAAGGACAUCGGCUUGGUUUCUCCCUGCCCUGACCAAGAGGCCACCAGCACCUAUGAGAAGAGCCUGCCAUCCUAUGAGCAGAUCCAGAGGCAGGCAGUGGGCUCAACUCCACUCCCACCCACAGCACAGCCCAGAUCCCACAGCUGCUCCCAGUCAGCCGUGCAGGCCAAAGCAGAGGUGCACCAGGAGCUGGGGGGUCCUGGAAACCCUCCACAAGACCUGGCACCUCAUCUGGAAACAGCGGCAGGCAGCUGCCCCCCUCGUCCGGCACCAGGGGAUGCGCCGCUGGCAUCCCUCCUGGAGGAGAUGGACACGCCAUCACUGGAGGGCUCCAUGCCCGGCACCCCCACGCCACAGAGCCGGACUCUGCCAUCUGCUGCCCGCUCUGGCUGCACCCCGACCAGCUCCCCGGUGCAGGGACAGCACUCCGGAUCCCCCCGCAAAGGCGCUGGGGAGGAGGAUGACCUUUAUUAUGGGCUCCAAGAGGAGCCGGAUGCUCUGCUCAAGGACAGCGACUGCCUUUUUGAGCCUGAAAACUGAUUUCCCAGAUAAAAUGACCACUUGGCAUGGACUUAUCUCAUGGAGGGGAUGCAAACAUCACAGCCUGGAGGAAAGGGGAUGCCCCCGAAAGCGCAGUGCCUGCAGCACAGAAGGUCCCCAAGGCUUCUGCACCCCUUGGACACACUCAGCCUUUCUGGAGGCUUUCAUUCCCCCAAAACUCAGAUGGGGGACUGCUGCCUCCUGAAUUCCAGAGCAUAUAGGACAAGGUCCCCCUCGCUGGAGCCCUUUGGAUGGGCACAGAGAAGCUGGGCUGGGCAGGAUCUGGGAGAAAUAUUGUGCUUGGGAAGGAAAAACAUUAGUUUUGCUG